GGGCCAACACAGGUGAGUGACAUAAGACAUUCUUCAGUUGUUCAAAAGCCUACUCUGCAUUUUCAGACCAUUAGAAAUCAUCCUUCUUCAACAUUUCAGUCAGGGGUUUACUUAUCAGUCCAUAGGCCUUGAUGAGCUUCCUAUAAUAUCCUGCAAGCCACAAAAGUCCCCUCAAAGCCUUCACAAUCAUAGGCUUAGGCCAAGCAACCACUACCUCUAACUUGUAGGGCCAGUUUGUAGUCUACCCUUAGAGAUUAUGUGCCCCAGGUACUCUACCUGUGGUUGUGCAAAGGAGCAUUUGCUCAAUUUUGCUAGUAGUUGGUGUUGCCUCAUGAUCAACAAAACUUCCUUCAAGUGCAACUACUGAACCUCCUAACUAGAGCUGCAUAUGAGAAUAUCAUCAAAGAACACUAGGACAAAUUUUCUAAGUAAGGGCUGGAAUACCUGGUUCAUUAAUGCCUGGAAAGUAGCAAGGGCAUUGGUGUUGAACUCAUAGAGCCCUUGAUGGGUUCUGAAUGCAGUCUUAAACUCCUUCCCUUCUUUCAUUCUUACUUGAUGGUAACUAGACCUCAAGUCCAGUUUAGAGAAACAAACUGCACCGGCUAGUUCUGAGAAUAAGUCCUCCACUAAGGGUAUGAGAAAUUUGUUCUUUAUAGUAAUAUUGUUGAGGGCUCUGUAGUUAAUGCAAAACCUCCAGGAGUUGUCUUUUUUGGGUACAAGCAAUACAAGUGAGGCAAAGAAGGAUGCACUAGGAGUAAUGACUCCAGCUGUCAACAUUUCUUCUAGCAUCCUCUCAAUGGUGUUCUUUUGAUCAAAGGAGUACCUGUAAGGACCAAUGUUAAUAAGCUUGGCUCCAGGGAUUAAGGGAAUGGUGUGGUCUAAGGCUCUUUUUGGUGGUAGGGUUGUGGGUUCUUGAAAUAUGUCUUAGAACUCUAGCAAAAGGGAUAAUUCAGGGGCAAUAUUUUGUGUAGAGGUAUGGUAUAAAAGUGGCUCCUCCUCAAACUCAGUGGUAAGCUGGGUAUUACAUUGAACUAGAAAUCCUUGAACCCCUUUCUUAUGCCAUUUUUUGACUUGCUUCUCAGUGGCUGCUUUCAACAACACCUUCUUAGUUAAGCCCUUUAAAAACAAUUUUCUUCCCUCUUUAUGGAAGGAAAUCCCAAGUGGUCUUGUAUGUAACUGAAUGGGGGCAAACUGAUCCACCCAAUCCAUCCCCAACACUAUAUCACAUCCUCCCAAUCUCAAUAAUCUGAAAUCCUUGGUAAAAUCUUCAUGUUGGAUCUGCCAACUAAGGUUUUGACAAAUUGAAUCACUCACCACCUUUUAUCCAUUAGCCACUGUCACUACUAGUGGACUAGUCUUCUCAGGUUUCCUCCUUAAUUGGCUUAAAAGUUUGGGGUCCAAAAAACUGUGUGUACUCCCACUGUCAACUAAGAUCAUUACUGGCUGUCUUUGUAUGGAUCCUAAUAGUUUGAUAGUGUUCAGUCCCUCACCUCCAAUCACAGCACAGCCACAAAGGGAUACCUCAGCAUCCUCAGUAUCAGUCUUGUCCUCCUCUUGUCCAAAUAAAUCAGGUAUCUUAGCCUCCUUUUGAUCCUCUAUAAUGUUAAAAGUAGGACCACUACACUUGUGCCCUGGUUGUCAAGGAUUAAAGUACUUGAAGCACAUUCUUUGUUCCCUUAACUAGUUUUUAAACUAAGUUAUAUUUAGAGCUUUAAAUGCAGUAGUUUGGGUAGAGGGGGUAUGUUUUUGUAGGUUGUGUAGGUUAGGGUUGGGGAAAACUAGGUGAUUUGAAUUAGAGCUAAAGGUCUUUGUAGGUUGUAGUUUUAGGGUUCUAGAAUGGUGUUUUAGGUCUCUCAUUAGGUUUCAACCCCUUCUCAAAUUGCCUAGCAAACCAUAUAACAUCCUCUAAGUUCCUUGGCCUGGCAGUUCUAACAGAACACCUAAGGUUUUGUUUCAAUCUAGCAAUGUAAUUUUCCAUAAAGUAGUUCUCAAUUAGAUAGGGAUGAUCCUACAACAAUAGACUUGUAAACCCUUCAUAGCUAUCAGUAAAAUCAUCCACUCCACCCCAUUGUUUAAAGGAUGCAAAAUCUUCUAUAAGUGAGACUCCAAUAUCCCCACACCUUUUACAUACUACAUAUGCAAACCUUGCCCAUUGGAAUUCUUCUCUAAGGCCAUGCACAUAGCUCUCAAACCACAACCCCACCUUCCCAGUGUAGUUGGCAUACGACAAAUUCAAAAUCUCAUGUCUAGGGAUAUGGGAUAGCACAAAAAAUUUCUCACAUCUAUGGAUCCGCUGCCUAGGGUGAGCAUAACCAAAGGUAGGGAACUCAACUUUAUACCUUGAAGAGAAAUCCUGGUUUUAUCCAACAAAUCCUUGCCUGAUUCCAUCAAAUCCUCCUCUCCUAUGAGCCCUAAGCGUUUCAGCUCCAGGAUUCACUUCCUCUCCCUUAGCCUCUUGCAUGGGAGCUUUGUCUGGCCUCCCACUUGGACGAUAAUGAGCCAAGCUAGGCUCCCCAAGGAAUUGCCCAUUAACUGAAGACUGGCUUGGUGAAUUUCCCACAAUCGGAGGAGCUGGUCGAUUAAGCCUAAGCAGCUACAACAACUCCUCCCUUAGGCUUCCAAACUGAGUGUAAAGCUCAUUGACAGAAUCCUGGGUGAUAUGAAAUUGGGUGUCGAUUUUAGCAUUGAGCUCAAUCAUAGAAGCUUCCAACCUCUUAACCCGAUCAUCCAUGUUGGGCUCUAAUACCACUUGCAAUACACUCACAAAAGAAGCAGAAAAGAAAGAAAAGGAACAAAGAAAGAGAGCUAGGGUUAGGGAGAAGAAGAUGAGAAAACGGAAAUUGGAAUUAUGAUUCAGCAUAAACUCUCCUUUACAAUUCCAAGGGAAACAACAAUUAACAAACUCCUACUUCCCAUAACAGAAUUACAGUUGGAAGGAAAGGUGAAAAAGCAUAAAUCGACGUCGUUGGAUCUGAGAGCAACUACUCUCAACAGGCGACCUCAAAACGACAACGUUGGGCCUCUUGCCCCAACGAUUCCCAACCUCCGCUUCAUACGACACCGUUUUUGUCUCCUCACCUCCUGUUUUCAAUCCCAGCUUCCACUUCUCUUUCUCCUGCCAUUCACAUCAUUCAUGGUUCCUUCUUGAACUAUUACAAUAUUUUAGACUAAAGUCUACAAUACAAGAUAGAUCCCGAUCAAUGAUAUAAUUUGUGGCCUUACAAGGGCCCCUAAAUUUCUAGUGGAGUGUGGGCUGUAGUCUGUGGACAAUAAAGGCGAAGAAACUAAGCCCGUCAUAAUGGAUUCAAGGAUUCACGCUUUUCGAGUACGACGUCGUUCGAUUUUCCGCACAGACAGGAGCUAGAAUGCGAGCUCUUUUUAAGUAGAAUACUAGAAUAGUAGAAUCUAGAAUGUGACCCAUUUCGGCGUUUUGCAAUUUGCUUAAUACUGAGCAGCGUUCCAAGUUGCAGUUAAUCCUUUUGAGAAUGAACAUCUAUGGCGAGCAGUGAAACCUCCAGAAUGAGCCCGUCGUUAGUCAAUCUGUGCUUGGGCGUUGUCAAAGAUGAUCUCCUUUGCGGUGAUAAUGCUAAUCUCCUCUCCGGCGUUUAUCAACUUCCAUCGGACUUGUUUGAUCGCCUGUUGCCGCUGUUACCUCCGUUGGCUUUGCAAAGACUGCAAGAGCAACUGCCACUUGAUUUUUGGGACGAUCACAUAUCUUCUCCUGAUAGCUAUGAUUUUCCAAGAAAAAAGAGAAGAUGCGUGACUUUUGAAAGAGCUUGGGAGACUUUGUAUAAAGCACGUUGGCCUGAUUGUGGCCACAAGAAUAGGAAAUUGCAGCUGUGUUCAUUCCACAACUUGAUGAAAAGAAGGGAAACAAAGCAUGAAUUCAUUCGUGACUGGCAGCAGAUGUACUGGGAGACACAUCUACAAAAUUGCCUGGAUGCAGCUACAGAGAUAGCUUCAUUCCCAUCUUUUGAAGGUCACAUUGGUGAAACUAAAGUUCCUGAUUCUAUACUGGAGUAUAUUGGUUAUAGGGAACAGUUUCCUGACUUAUCCUAUGACCCCUCAAAGUUCUCGUAUCACUGCCAACAAUUUGGAUCAUAUGCCAGUUGUCUGAGGCUGGCAGAUGUGCUUUGUGUUGCAGAAACCUGUCAUUUAUUAAGAAAUGCUAAGUUGGAGAGUUUGGAUUUAAGGUGGAUAAAAUCUCAAAGUGAAGAUGAUGUUGACGGCCUAUGUAAACUUUUGAAUCAGAAUAGGGGGACAUUGAAGUCAAUAAAAUUUAUGUUUUGCAAGUUUUCUACAUCAUCUCUGAAUGCAAUUUGUAGCUCGCUAUGCUUUGAUGGUCUUCAAACUCACCAUGUGCAGCACUUCUCUAUUAAGACAUCAAGGUUUUUAGAUAACAAUGGAUCUCUUCUGCCUAGUGGACUGCUGCUUUUUUUAUCAUCAGGGAGGUCCUUGUCUUCAUUAAGCUUGUCUGAUAACAACCUUAAUAAAAACUGCGCAAGAAUGAUCUUGAACACACUCCUCAAUGCCUUGUCUAGCAUACAUGUCCUAGAUCUCUCAGAAAACAAUAUUAAUGGGUGGCUUUCUCAUAUAAAAUGGCAGUCCACAAGUAACGUGCACUUACCUUCUGGAAUAUCCAAUUCAUUGAAGUCAAUACGUGUACUGAAUUUGAGGAACAAUUAUCUACAAAAGGAUGAUGUGGAUUGUCUCAGAUAUGCACAAAUCUACAUGCCUAAUUUGGAGAGUCUUGAUUUAAGUGACAAUCCCAUUGAGGAUGAUGGAGUCAGGAGUUUGAUUACUUAUCUUGAGUAUUCAUGUAAGAUUGUUGAGUUGAGAUUGGAAAAUUGUGAGCUUACUUGCAAUGGGGUGAGGUGUCUUUUAGAAUGUCUCUCUGUUUUGGAGAAACCGCCAACCUCUCUUUCAAUUGGUAGCAAUCCUCUUGGCAGUGAGAUAGGAGCAUCAAUAGGGAAAUUUUUAUGCAAAGGAAUUCUAUCUCUUGACAUUGAUGACAUUGGGCUUGGUUCUUCUGGCUUCUUAAAAGCUCAAGAAGAGAUAGUGGAAGACUUAAAGAUUAUCUGCAUCAACAUAAGCAAGAAUCGUGGUGGCAUUGAUACUGCAAAGUUUAUAUCAAAGCUUUUUUCAUAUGCUCCAGAGCUUGUAGCCAUUAAUGCUGGAUUUAACCUUAUGCCAGCUGAAUCCUUGGCAAUCAUAGGGUCUGGCCUAGUUGCAAAUGGUAAACUAGAGCUCUUGGACUUGAGCGGAAAUGCAUCAUGUGAAAACUCUGCUGCUUCUGUGCUGGGUAAAUUUGAAAUCAAUGGGAAAUUAGUUCUUGACUUCUUGUCAUCUCCAGCACCAAAUGUACCUUACGACGAUGAUCCAUAGUUGCUUAGAUCUUGGGUUUGUGCUAAAAUUCAAGGUUGGUGGGCAGAUCAUAAGGGAAUACAAAACUCUUGCAACAACAAACGUCUUCCUCAAAAACACAUCUUUAAUCACAUCUUUAAUCGUGUUCACCACACUGCUUCAAUUAUCUUUCGUAUGCUCUUAGUUCACUUUAUAAAUUGACUGUGUCCAAAAAGAGGCCUUUUUCUGAACUUUCAAAUGAGCAUAUAUGGUCUCUUAUAUUUCCAGCUAACUUUGAAACUUGCUGUACCUAGGUAGAAAGUUAAGCUUAGGCUGCUUAGUUGAGUUAUGUUAUAUAUACAACACUCAAUUUCCACCUGUUACAACAGUGUUUGUAUCUAUAUUUGAUGCUCAAGAAAGGCAUUGUUAAUUUAUGCUUAGUGUUGCUUGAGCUUAACUCCGUGGGAACUCCCCCCCCAAUUUGCUUUUCCAACCUGUAAAGCCUUGCUGUUAUUAGUAAGAUAUUGUAUGUGUGGAACACUUGGGAACCCAAAAUGAUGAAUAGAAAGUGAAAGUGGACAACUUUAUUGGC